CAUCGCCACUGCCAGCCAUGCUGUUCCGCACCGCCUUUGCACUGCUCGCUGUCCUCCCCGCCGCCGUCCUGGCGCAGGACGCUUCCGCCAGCAUCCCAAGCGGCGCCGUCGUCGACCCGCCGCCCGUCACCUCGUUCCCGCCGGCCGAGAGCUUCCCGCCCGAGAUCAGCGCCGUCACGCCCCCGCCGCCGUCGGGGACCAUCGUGACUGACCCCAUCCGGACGACGCCCCUCCCGGACGUGAGCGGCAUCCCGACCAUCCAGCCCAACAUCACGGGCAGCGCGACGAUCCAGCCGAUCGGCACUUUUGCCCCCACACCCUCGCCGUCGACGCCGGCCGUUGCCGCCGGCAACGACUCCAUUCCUGAGGUCCUGGUCCCUUACGUCCAGAAGUACCUCUCCAACAUUAGCUUCUACUUCCCCAAGAAGGGCGACUGGUGGGUGACUGCUCCCAACGCCACGCACCCCAACUUCUUCUGGCUUAAGGGCGCUGGCCUGCUCAACGCCACGGUCGAGACCAACGCCACGCUGGUCAACGGCACGGACGGUCUCAACGGCACUGUCCAGAACAAUGUGACUGUUGACGGCAACACCACCACCGUCGAUGGCAACCACACCGCCGAGCUCAACACUACUGUCGGCCACAACGCCACCGUCGAGGGUAACCACACUGUCGAGCUCAACGGCACCGACUUCAACGGCACGUUCAACGGCACGGCCACGAUCGACAACCACACCGUCGAGGUGAACACGACGAUCGAGGCGAACGGCACCGUCGUCGAGGUCAACUCGACUGCCGUGGUCAACGGCUCGCAGCACAACACGACCAUCACCGGCACGAACGGCACCGUGGGCAUCAACGGCACGGACGCCAACACCACGGUCCUGCACUACAAGUACCGCGUGACGCUCCGCAACAACGACACCACGCUCCUGCCGCUCCCCCGCACCAUCGUCUACGGCGCCGGCAAGGUUGAGUACAACGCGACCGAGUUCGAGCUGCCCUCCAACUUCAGCUACCCGCUUGAGACGCAGAGCUCGGCACCCGCCGGCAAGGGCUACUUCCUCCACGCCGAGUUUACCGACGCGCAGCGCCAGACGCUCGCCAUCAUCGUCUCGGACGCGUUCGAGAUCCGCAACGGUACCAACACGACCUACCCCCACGACUACUCGCCCUCGAACAAGACGGUCGAGGCUAGCCGCUCGGCGGCGUUCGUCACCGCCAGCCCUGGCUUCGUUGGUGUCGGCGGCCUCGUUACCCUCGCCGCUGUCGCGCUUGCUGUCGUCGCCUAAUCGCGCAUAGUGCAUCCACGAACAUUGUAGAGUUAUAAAAGGCUGUGCGAGCCCAUCCAUAGAUGCAUAUGAAAACUGUCAUUACAAUUGC